AUGCCACGUCGACGCUUCUUCAAAAAGUCGAAUACGCCCGAACACUGGCGUCGUCACGCACGCCACCUUGGCUUCACCUCACCGCGCGGCCGCCCCAAUGUUGACGUCUUCUUCGCGAAGGUUAUCCUGAACGACAACGUUUCCUGGGCAUUCGCCAUACUCCGCGACUUCUUCCUGUGGGAAGGUCGAUUCCAGAGCGAUGACGGCAUAUGGGACACCAUUCUAUAUGGCAACUUUCUUCUUCCGUCCUACGACGAGACCAUCGGCGACCCAGAUGACAUGACUCGUUGGACAUUCCUUCAGACACACCGUCGUCUUUUCAUGCGCCAAGAUGAGUCAAUCGCCAUGCGGAUUGAUCCGGACUUCGAGGAACGCGAUGCCAUCCUGCUGCUUUACGCCAUGAUUCACGAGGUUAUCAGACAGAGGAACAUUGAUAUCGACGAGCACGAAUCGGUCUUCAUGGCCAGCGAAAUUGCUGAAGCUUGCAUCCCUCUCGUCGCCAUGCCUUCGAACCCUAUCACCUGA